CAACACAUUGACAUGCACCAUUUAUUUAUUUAUUUUUAACUUUCUAUUUCCCGGUUUCGCGUCAUAUCAUUUCCCGAGAAUCGAGAACUAGUAUGGAACACUGGUAACGGGAAUCACUCCACCCUGUCCUGACAAGGACUUCAUAAGGAUUUGGCACAUCUAAAUCCAUAAAAAGCAGCCACGGGUAAGGUCUCUGUCACUUUCUCUUUCUCGACCAGUUUCAACCACUGAGGGCAUUUGCAUCAGAACAAGCAGACGCAAGCCACCUGUGGAAUAUUAAAGGAGGUCAUCGCCGCGGAUAUUAGUUUUUGACUUGAGGUUCAGACAGGCGAGCGCCAAUCAUGACGGCGGUGGUGAUGCAGCAGCAGCUCCUGUUGGCCAGCCGGCCCGAUAUGUGGACUACGGGCCUCUUUGACGUCUGCGAUGACAUGAACAUAUGCUGCUGUGGAUUUUGGUGUUACCAUUGCUUGGUCGGCAGGACUCUUUCGGAAUUCGGUGAAAACCAUUGUGUAGCAUGCUGUGAUUUUGGGGCUCCCUCCGCUGUCAUCCUGGCCCUGCGCUACGGAGUCAGAAAGCAGCACGGGAUACAGGGCACUCUCUGCAAUGACUUGUGUACGGUGGCCUUCUGCGGCCUCUGCGCCGCAUGCCAGGUGGCUCGUGAAAUUAAGAUACGCAAAACGCAGCAACUGGUGGCAACUACUGUGAUCAAUGUCCAGCCUGCUGCCUUACCACUGCAGAGUGCAGCAUACCCUGGACAUCCGGGUCCCGUACUAAUGCAGAACACAGCAUAUCCAGGUCAACCCAUGUAAGGCAGAUUGUAUUUGAUGUGAUCAGCAAACGUCUUUUUUCUUCAAAAAUGGGGACCAUGUUAAAAAAAAAAGUGUUACUUUUAACUUUUUAGGUCAACCCAUGUACAAAGGCAGAUUGUAUUUGAUGUUAUCAGCAAACGUCAUUUUUGUUUCUAAAAAAGUGUAACUUUUUACUUUUUAUACUUCAAAAAAAAAUAUAUUUUAUACUAGGCCUAUCGAGUUCUAACUUUUCCAGUUUUAUGGCAGUACAUAUUUCAUUGUAGUAUGUCAUGAUAAUCAUCAUGCAACUAUCUAUACCGGGUGUACCAAAAUGAUCUCUGUUGCAUGACCUUUUAGACCAGGGGUCAGGAACCUUUUUGUUGGAGAGAGCCAUAAACGCCAAUUUUUUUUAAAGAAAUUUUCAUGAGAGCCAUAUCCUUUUAAAAAACUCUGAAUACAAUCAAAAGCAUGUAUUUCAAUUAAGCCCAACAAUUUUAGAGUGUACUGUCAAGUUAUUGCUUUUAUUGAUUACAGGUAAUAGGGUUGCCAACUGUCAACUUCAUUAUGACGAGGGUUUGGGAGAAUUUUGUAUUUCUUAGAUGUAAUUUCCUGCAUUUUAACACUUUUUAAUCUCCCUUGUCCCGUUUAACUCAAUAUGGAACCCAUACUUUUAUUUAUAAAUACAGGAUGAUUCCAUAUUUAAAGGGAUGGUUGGUAACCCUACGUAGAUAAGUGAGAGCCAUAUACAGUUCCCAAAAGAGCCAUAUGUGGCUCUAGAGCCAUAGGUUCCUGACCCCUGUUUUAGACGGUCAAUUGUGUUUUUAUCAUCACUUCCUGUUUGUCACAAGACAAUCAUAAAAAAUAAAAUGUUUCUAAGGCAUGUCCAAAUGGUGUGAGUGUUUUGUCUUUGGAUAUGAGGAUUGCUGAUUCAGUUUGUGCUCAUGUGAUUGAAGUGUUCCUGCACAGUUCGCCCCCUCGGGGUCGCGAACAUGCCACUUCGUCAACUACAUUGGUACGGCGAUGGGAGGCACAGAACGAGCGCGCUGAGCUGAAGGGCCGGUCUGAUAGUCCAACGCUACUGCACAGUAUUAUUGAGGCUUGGGUUUGGAAGAGAGGUUUACUAACGUUCCAGUGUACACUCUGCUAGUUGGCCUCCGUUACACUUACCAGUAGGAUGUAUUGAAUCCUUAAUCCAUGGCUGAGGUACCCUUGAGCAAGUGACCAAACUUCAUAUUAGUAGCUACGGGUACUACUGAUAAAGUAAAUUGAACUGAACUGAACUAUUGCUUCUAGGACUAUAAACCCAUGCCCUGAAACAAGACAAUUCAUUUUCACAAACACAAUUUACAGUGCACAAUUGCAGCUCUGAGAGUUCCAAUGUUGUAGGGCAAGUAAGUAAAAACACCAUGCCUGAUAUGAAUAAAAUG